AUGUACACUACAUUUUAUUUAUAUUUCAUUCAUUUAAUACGCAUGCAUGCCUUUGGAUCUCUUUUUAGCCAUGUAAUUUCAAUUCCCAUUCGAUCUCUGUUUCUAGAAAUCAGCAUUGUGUCUGAGACUGGCACAAAAAGAUUCACUGCAGUUUAUUCUGAGGAUAUAUCCACCUGGAUAGUAAACGAAGAGCUUCUAGACCAACAGAACAUGCGAGUGCUGUUAGACUUUGACUUUGUUCUUUAUCUCUCAGCGCCUUCUUCUGUAUACACGCACCAAGUACAGGACCUGGCUAAGGUUAUUUUAAAUGAAAAGGAGCCUGUGCCCUUUAGUCUUCUCUAUAGUGCACUUAAGAAAAAGUACGGAAAAAAACUUGAGAAAAAAAAACACUAUUAUAUACUUUUAAGAAGCAGCCCAUAUUUCAUAAGUAUGACCUUUUUUGAUGUAGAUGGGAACAGAAAGAGGGUCUGGACAGUAAACAGAGAAAGGCUGGAUGCUUUGGAGAAAACCAAGCAUUUAGUACAGUCUAUUUCCAUCGACAUGACAGAAGUUAAUGAAAAAAUAAUUGUCACAUAUAAUAAGAGAAACAACGCAGAUACCUUGCCGCCAAGUGAAAAGAAGCCUUCUCUUUUAACUAUCUCUAGGGAGGAAGACAUCUCUGAAAGUGCAACCGAAAAUUCGUCCAAUAGUGAAUAUACACAUUCUCCUAUGUGA